AUGGCCGACGAGCCACGCGAGCAAGCCUCCAGCAGCGGCAAUUCUGCUGGGAGACCUCGAUCAGUCAGCCGCGACGGCCAGAGCCUGCAGUCACCCGGCCAGCAGGACGACCGCGGCGUCGGCAGAGGAGAGUCCAGCGCCUCCGCCUCCACCGCGUCUGCGAAUCCCCCGGUGGCAACCGAUGACUUCUCGUUCACGCCGCACCCCAUCGCUCGGUCUUCUACUACGACGCCCCGACGUGGCCGCGCCCUUUGGGAUGGCGCCUCUUCCGCCGACGGCGGAGCCUCCGCAGGACGACGCCGUGGCAACACGCUGUCAGCCGGCCGCCCGAGUGAAUCGUCCGCAUCCCCACGUCCACCUAUGAGGGACAUAGCCGAGGAGAGACCACCGCGCCAGAGCACCCAGUCCCAGCGAUCCGACGGGUCCGGGAUGCGGCUGCGGAGAGCGCCGACUACCCGCCAGAGAGCCAGCACCUUGGGUCGCAGACCAACUGUCAUCACCACCGGCCGCUCGGCCGUGCCCGCCGACGCCCAGUCCAUGUUUAGCCUCUCCGGUCCCGGUCCGCAGGAUGCGCCCGCCGUCCACCAGCACACGCCCUAUGUCGACCCGGGCUACUCGCAGCUCAAUCCCGCCUACGAGCAGCCUGUCAAUCAGCGGCCAGUGUGGGGUUUAGCGAAGCCGUUACCCAGGGUGAUACGCCCCGGCAUGGUCCCCACGGGCAGCGAAGUCGACCUGAACCAGGCGAACCAGGCGCAGAACGGCGUUCGCCCCGGCGCCGGUGACCCAGACGUCGAGAAAGGUAGAGUGGAACCGACCCUGAAGUUAGGCAAAAUCUCAACCCACCUCAGAGACGCACGCGAGACGCGCGAAAACAAGUUUCUUAAAAGAGUUGGCACGGGCCUUUCGAGACCUCUUUCACACAUCUCCGAAGGGGCCUCCUCGCAGCCCUUCUCGCCGGGAGCGCUUCCGUCGCAUGUAGAGGAAGAGGAGGAGGAGGGCGAGCGGUGGCAGCACGAUUCCGCGGCCGCCGAUCUGGAAUUGGAACCGAUAGGGAGUCCUAAACUGGGGUCGGCCACAGGCGGACCGGGCCUGACGCAGGGCGAACUUGACGAGGAUCGUUUGGCUCGACAGUACCGCGAACAAGAUCCUAAUGGCUUCCCGGACGAUGCCUCGUCGGCGGUUACGGCCAACGACGACGAUGCUGACGGUGCGUACGCGCCCGGCGAACUGGACCUCCAGGCGUUUGGGACCGAUGACGAGAUCCACAACCACCACACGCACUGGUCUGUGGUGCGCACGCGCUUCCGCGAGCCUCUGGCUGAGCUCCUUGCAGUCAUCGUCCAGCUCACCUUCGGCUUCUGUGCCGACCUCGCCGUCACCUGCGGCGGCAGCUCCGCGGGCAACGGAACCACCACCGAUUUUGCCUGGGGCUUCUCGACCAUGAUCGGCAUCUACAUCGCCGGUGGUAUCUCGGGCGCGCACCUCAACCCAGCCAUCACCAUCAUGCUAUACGUAUACCGCGGCUUCCCGGCACGCAAGAUGCCCGCCUACAUCAUCGCACAGCUUCUCGGCGCCUUCAUCGCGGGCCUCAUCGCCUUCGGCUUGUACCGCUCCGCCAUCAUCGAGUACGGCGGCGCCGACUUGGCCGCGGGCGGCACCAUGGACGCCUUCAUCACGAAUCCGCGGCAUGCGUGGACGGACCCGGCCACGGCCUUCUUCACCGAAUUCGUCGGCACCGCCUUCCUGGCGGUGGCCGUGCUCGCGCUGGGCGACGACACCAACGCGCCGCCCGGCGCCGGCAUGUCGGCGUUUGUGCUCGGUCUCGUCAUCUACAUCGAGUGCAACGCGUUCGGGUACAACACGGGCGCGGCGCUCAACGGGACGCGCGACCUGGGCCCGCGGCUGGCGCUGCUAGCGGUUGGGUACGGCCGCGGCACUCUGUUCGGCGACUCGUAUUGGUUUUAUGGGCCGUGGGUCGCGACGGUGACUGGGGCGGUGGUGGGCGCGGGAUUGUACGACGUGGCCAUCUUUGUGGGUGGCGAGAGCCCGAUCAACUACCCGAGGAGGCGGAUAAGGAGGGCCGGGCACAAGUGGAGGAAGAGAUGGGGCAGGAGGUUGAGAGGGAAGAAGAUCGAGGAUGAUUUGAGAUAG